AUGAUCCUCUCUAUUGUGAUUUCUUCUUUUCCUCCCAUCAAAACCUCCAAAUCUGCUCAUCAUUGUCUGCUUAUUCUAUCAUUCUCUACUCCUUUCGAUUUCCAAUCGAAGGUGGUGGUAGAAGAAGAUGGUGGGCCAGUGGUUGCACGCCCAAUCGUCUUUACAGCUGUGACACUACUUGAUUAUGGUGUCGGUAAUGUUCAAAGUAUUAGAAAUGUAAUCCGGUAUCUAGGUCUCGAUAUCAAAGGUGUUGAAACACUGGAAGACAAUAUGAAUGCAAAGCGCCUUAUUGUUCCUAGGGUUGGAGCAUUUGCUGCAAUGAUGGAUGUCUUAAAAAACAACGGUGCUUUGCCUUGCCCUUCCUUCAUCAUCAUCAUCUCAUUGUUGCCCUGCGCUAUUCCAAAUUCAAACAUGGAAGACGACAAACACGAACGGAAAUCAUUCAAAGAAUUAGGAUUAGUUGAACAAUUAAUCGAGGCUUGCGAUCGUUUAGGCUGGAAAAAUCCUUCCAAGAUUCAGGCCGAAGCCAUUCCUCAUGCACUUGAAGGGAAGGACUUAAUUGGGUUAGCACAAACUGGUUCUGGUAAAACUGGAGCUUUUGCUCUUCCGAUUCUUCAAGCCCUGUUGGAGGCGGCGGCUCCACCUGUUCAUCACUCCUUCUUUGCCUGCAUCCUUUCUCCCACAAGGGAACUUGCAAUUCAAAUCGCUGAGCAAUUUGAGGCCUUAGGGUCAAGCAUUAGCUUAAAGACUGCAGUGCUUGUUGGAGGGGUAGACCAUGUACAACAAAGCAUCACCCUUGGAAAACGACCACACAUUAUUGUUGCGACACCUGGACGUCUAGUGGAUCAUUUAUCUAACACUAAAGGCUUUUCUCUUCGCACGAUAAAGUACUUGGUUUUGGAUGAAGCAGACAGAUUGCUAAAUGAGGAUUUUGAAAAAUCACUUGAUGAAAUCUUAAACGCCAUUCCUCGUGAAAGGAGAACAUACUUGUUCUCUGCUACAAUGACUAAGAAGGUGCAAAAGUUGCAAAGAGCUUGUCUAAGAAACCCUGUAAAGAUGGAAGUGGCGGGUAAAUAUUCUACUGUGGACACGUUGAAGCAGCAGUUGCGUUUUGUGCCAGCUAAGCACAAGGACUGUUAUCUUUUAUAUAUUUUACUUGAAAAAUCUGAGAGCACAUCAAUGGUGUUCACACGUACAUGUGAAGCAACGCGUCUUUUGGCUUUAAUGCUUUGUAACCUUGGUUUAAAUGCAACCCCAAUUUCUGGUCAAAUGACUCAGACAAAAAGGCUAGAGAACUUGAGUAAGUUCAAGGCUGGGAUCUGUACAAUUCUAAUAUGCACUGACGUGGCAAGUAGAGGACUUGAUAUUCCUUCUGUUGAUAUGGUUAUAAAUUACGAUAUCCCCACAAACUCAAAAGAUUAUAUACAUCGAGUGGGAAGAACAGCACGUGCUGGGAGAUCUGGGGUUGCUAUUUCAUUGGUGAAUCAGUAUGAGCUGGAGUGGUAUAUUCAAAUAGAGAAGCUUAUUGGUAAAAAGUUACCUGAGUUUGAAGCACAAGAGGAGGAGGUUUUGUUAUUCUUGGAACGUGUCACUCAGGCUAAACGCCUAUCGCUCAUGAGCAUUAAGGAAGCGGGAGGGCAUAAGAGGAGGAGGGAGGAGGAUGUGGGUCACAAGUUCCAUGGGAAUUGAAGAAUAACAAGUCUAAACGCAGAUAGAUUUGGAUUCGUGUAAUUUCACACUUUUGUUAUGAGGAUUCAGGAGGCUUCUUCAGUUUUAUAAUUCUAUAGUAUUUGGAGGAGGGAAUUUGUAAAUUUUAUUCUAGGUUUUAUUUUAAGGAUUAUCAACUUUUGUUUAGGGAUUUUAUGUGAAUCUCAUUUUUGGUUUUGUUUUUCUAUGCGUUUUUAGUUUCAUAGAG